AUGUCCAGCACUUGGAUCGACGAAGGAAUGCCACAGUCCAGGAUAAGAGCCAGCGUUUUCAAAAAAUGGGCAUUAAGUAUCGCCGAGAAGCUGCCGACUUGGAACCCAGACUGCGUCUUGGAGUCGACAAACUGCCAAACAGAGACCAAAAGAAAGUACAUUUUGGGCAAUUGGUUGUUGAUGAAUUUUGUAUCUUUGGUUUUCACUGGUUUCUUGUUGGUUAAACGAGCUGAUAUCCGUGUCACUGUUCCUGUCAGUUGGAGUGUUUCCAGGCCAUCAGAGAUAUUUUUAAGCUCCUUUUUCGUUUCGCCAGGCUCCUGCUCGUAUUUGAGGAACUGCUGA